UAAAAUGGCUCCAGUGGGGGAGCCCGCGCCUUCAGAAAAGUUUCUCGUAGUAGGUAAAACAGGCUGGAUUGGACAAAUGUGUGGAGAAUUUUUGGAAUCGCAGGGUUAUUCUUACGCUUACGCUGCUUUUCGCUUGGAGGAAAGAGAAAAAUGUGAACAAGAGCUGGAUAAUUUGAAACCAACUGUGGUGUUGAACUGUGCAGGCUUGACCGGCAGACCUAAUGUCGAUUGGUGCGAGACGCACCGUCAGGAGGUCAUACGCGCAAAUGUGCUUGGUAUGCUGAACCUCAUAGACUGUUGUUUUUCCAGAAACAUUCAUGUAACGAAUUUCGGUACUGGGUGCAUUUAUCAUUAUGACGAAGGUGAGCAUCGCUACGUUUCCGAAGGAGGACGGCCGUUUAAGGAGGAAGACCCGGCGAAUUUUUUCGGUUCUUUUUAUAGUAGAACGAAAGCUGUUGCGGAACAACUAGCUUUAGAAUACCCCAAUGUUCUGAAUCUCCGUCUAAGAAUGCCUAUAAGCGACGAUCUCUCAGCUCGUAACUUUAUAGUGAAGCUAACCAAGUAUUCUCGUGUGGUCAACAUUCCAAACAGUGUCACAGUUUUGCAUGAACUUCUUCCCGUUGCAAUAUCGAUGAGUCAUCGACGGCUGACUGGGAAAUACAAUUUUACAAAUCCAGGAAGUAUUAGUCAUAAUGAAGUUCUGAAGCUGUAUCGCGAGUAUAUUGAUCCAAAUUUUCAGUGGAAGAAUUUUAGUUUGGAAGAACAGGCGAAAAUACUCAAAGCGGGUCGUUCUAAUUGCGAAUUAGAUGUGUCGAAGCUUUUACGAGACAACCCUGAUGCCGCUGUCAAUGAUGCACAUACUGCUGUGAAGCUUGCAUUGUUGAGAACUCGGGAAAAACUAGACAAUCACAACUCCCAGUAGUGACUUGUUUGGACGUUUUUGGAUUGUUCAUGUAGCUUGUGCUCUCAAAUAUUUUGUUAUUCCGAUUUGAGAUUCAAAUCUUAAAUCAUGAUUUCCUGUGGUUUUUAUAAGGUUGACUUCAUAAAUGUCUGUUCUUUAAUGCAAACUGAAUGUUGCCUUACUAUCUAGAGUAUUAUCAAAUCAGGUUUCUCGUCAAGUAAAAAACUUGCAAAUGAUAAAUUAAAUCAUGACGUU